AUACUCCUAUGAAAGUAUUGAGUCUAUAAUUAAAUUCAUCUUGAGUCGAACCAGUCAGAGGCCAGAGAUUGGUAUCAUCUGUGGUACUGGAAUGGGUGGAUUGGCUGAUAUAUUAUAUGAGAAGGAAAGCUUUCCUUAUAAAGAGAUUCCAGACUUUCCUGUUAGCACAGUACCUGGACAUUUAGGUUUCCUUGUUUUUGGCAAGUUGAAUGGAACACAGGUUAUCUGUAUGCAAGGACGUUUCCACGUUUAUGAAGGUUAUUCUGUGUGGAAAUGUGUCAUGCCAAUACGAGUGAUGAAGCUGAUUGGUGUAAGAGUAUUGAUAAUUACCAAUGCUGCUGGGAGUGUAAACCAAAACUUCUCUGUGGGUGACAUUAUGCUAAUCAAAGACCACAUAAACUUUUCGGGACUUGGUAGCAAUAAUCCUUUGCGUGGUAAAAAUGAUGACAGAUGGGGUCCACGUUUUUCACCCAUGAGUGAUGCCUACGACUUAAGGCUUCGACAACUUGUACGUACAAUAGCUAAAAAGUUAGACCUGGACAAGUACCUAAAAGAGGGUGUUUACUGCAUGAUUGGAGGCCCGUCCUAUGAAACUGUUUCUGAAAUUCAACUACUGAAACUACUGGGGGCAGAUGCAGUCGGUAUGAGUACAGCUCACGAGGUCAUUGCUGCUCGUCACUGUGCGAUUAGAGUAAUCGGAAUCUCUCUAAUCACCAACAGUUGUGUCAUGAAACAUGACUCUGAAGAGAUGCCGGCCAAUCAUGAAGAGGUGAUGGAAGUAGGGAAUUUACACAAGAAGGACUUGGAAAAACUUGUGACCGAAAUAAUUAUGAAUAUAGAUACUGUUUAAUGUUUAACUAGAUGGUACAAACCACUUCGCGGUGACCGUUUAUUCUUGUGACACUACUCCUGUUGACACAUGGUACCACGGUGACCGUUUAUUCUUGUGACACUACUCCUGUUGACACCGAGAAUCUAGUUUAUUCUAUGUUUAUGCACGUAUGUUAGAAUAUAGGGUAUAUUUUA